AUUCGAUUCGAUUCUAAUCUAUUCGAUUUAUGUAAGGAAAGCGAUUAUCAACGGCAACUCACACACGCUCUCUCCGAUUUUUUAUUCCGGGUAGGGCUGCUGUAACACAAGGUAAGCCCAUGCGAGUCGUCACUAGAAGUGUAUAAUCAAAGGCACUUGGAUCAUAAAAACAAGCCUUCGAUUCUCUUAUCGGAGGGAUCAUUGUCCAGUGCCCUCUCUUUCUCGCCCUCGGCGCAUUGUGUCGAGACGGACUGGUGUCCAGAGCACUUAGUAUCACAAUGCAUUGUGGUUAUUGAGAAAGCGCGCACAUUUUGCAAAAUGGCGGACGGACCAAACGAAUUUCAACUUGAACAACCACCUACUGAUGGGAUUUCGUCCGUCAAAUUCAGCCCUAAAUCAGCUUCCUUUUUGGUGGUGUCAUCGUGGGAUACCUCAGUCAGGCUCUAUGAUGUCCAGAACAACAACAUGCGUCUUAAGUAUAACCAUUCUUAUGCAGUGCUAGACUGCUGCUUCCAAGAUGGUGUGCAUACAUUCAGUGGAGGACUUGACAAUACCUUAAAAGUUGUGGACCUCAAUACUUCAGCUGAGCAAGUUGUAGGGAUGCACGAUGAAGCAAUCAAAUGUGUGGAAUACUGUCCCCAAUCUGGAUUAGUUGUGACUGGCAGCUGGGAUAAAUUCAUCAAACUUUGGGAUCCAAGAACAAAUCAGUGCACUGGAAAAUAUGAGCAGCCUGAAAAGGUGUACACAAUGGCAUCAUCCGAUGAGCGUCUUGUCGUUGGCACAGCAGGACGGCGUGUGAUGGUUUGGGACCUUAGGAAUAUGCAAUAUGUACAACAAAGAAGAGAAUCUAGUUUAAAAUACCAAACAAGAUGUAUCCGUACAUUCCCAAAUAAACAAGGUUAUGUUUUAAGCUCUAUUGAGGGCAGAGUAGCUGUGGAAUAUUUUGACCCAAGCCCUGAAGUGCAGAAGAGGAAAUAUGCCUUUAAGUGUCAUCGUAUAAAAGAAGAAGGAAUGGAAAAUAUAUACCCUGUCAAUGCAAUAUCCUUCCAUAAUGUACACAACACAUUUGCCACUGGUGGUUCAGAUGGUUUUGUGAACAUCUGGGAUGGCUUCAACAAAAAGCGGCUUUGCCAGGUACAAGAUACACUAAUAUGUAUUUUUAGCACGUUUUUUUUCCUCCUCUUAAGUAAACACACAUCCUUUGUGAUAAUUCAGCAUCAUAUGUGUAGAGCCAAAGAACUGGAGUGUGCAUUACACAGGGCAGCAUCCUUAGAAUGGAAGUAAUCAAUGUAUUUCAAGCGUAUUUGAUCAAGACAAAAUAUUAUUUCUGGAAACCAAAUGAACUGCCUUGCCUAGGAACACAGCAUGUUGACCCUAACCAGGGCUCAAACCUGCUUGUUCUGGAAUCCAGUACACUCACCAUCAGGCUGCUGCAACUCCUAGGUAGGCUAAGGUAAAAGUAAUUACUGAAUUGUUGUAAAGGCCAGAGAGCAGCUAAGCAGUUUUUCCCACUCUUAUUCUACCCUUUCAAAGCUGACUUGUAGGGUUAAAAA